GGCCUGACUUGUACUUAUUUUCAAGACAAAUUUAACGACCAAUUUGUUAAUAAUAAUGUGAUUGGUCAAUAUGGCAUACCUAUUCGUAAAGCAAGUAAAAAAUUACAAUUAGAAAUAAAGAAACAAGUGAAUUCAGAAGAAACUGCUGCUAGAUUGGCUCACAUAUUUACUUCACUUGGAAUUUUAACUUUCAUACCAUUUAUAGGAGACGAAUAUGACAUAUAUAUAUCGACCCAAUUAAUGACUGAUUAUACAGAUGGAUUUGUUCGACAAUUGCUAUAUUGGUUUGAUAUUUAUAUUUUAAAUAUAUUUGGAUACUACGCAUUAGAAUUCCCACUUGCAUUGAUGAAAAUGAAUAAAGUUGUUUAUUAUCAGUACAUGAUCCUAAAUGAAAUGAUAGAAAAUUUAAAAGAUGAGUUUAAUUUUGAGCUCAAUUAUAAAAAUAUUAUUGACUGUGUUAAAAGUCAUAUUAAUUUAAUAAUUUUGUCCAAAGAUCUUUUAAUAAGCAAUCCAAAACGUGGGGCUUUAUUACCAAUAUUAUUUGUAGAAACGGUUUUUUUACAAAUUUCGUCGAUAUAUUUCAUUCUAGCGGUAAGUGAUAAUUAUUUUUAUGUGUCAGGACUAGAAAUCAGUCCCAGAAGCAAUUUCAGAUUCGUUGUGACUCUAAUGUUUACAUUUUACAUAACUGGAAAAUUUUUCCAAUCUGGACAAGAAAUUAAAGACGCGACUGAAAAAAUAUGCCAAACGAUUUAUAAUACUGAUUGGUAUAAAUGGGAUAAUCGCAGCAAAAAAGCCUUACUAAUGAUGUUAAGACAAAGUACUAAACCUGUCUCCUUUUCGCUGUUUAAAGUUAUAGAUUUGGAUUAUAAGUUGUUACCAACAGUAAGUAUUUUACUAAGUGUAUCAAGCUCCGAUAUUUGGUCAUCACGGAUUAUUUCGGACACGAAACCAGAACACUGGACUGAGAAAUAA